CUCUCUCUCCUCCCCUCCCGUGGAAAGGACACAGGAUGACAAGUUUUACACUCUGCUCUGUUGAUAAGAGGAGAAUUGCAGAUGUAGUCGAGCGCAAAGAGGAGCAGAAAACGAGCCGUGGAGGAGCUUCGCACUCUGAGAGCCGUUUAACUAAAGUCACCAAGGAGGCUUCCGAGAAGGAGUCCAUCGCUCCUCACCUGAAGUGUUUCCUGAGCUCAGCCGGCUGGACGAGGAGCACCUGCUAGCAGCAAAAAGUCUGUGAAGGACGGCUGUAAAGUGUCAGUUUGAAACAUGGAGAGCUUGACGACUGGGAGGAAACUUACUUUGCUCCUGUGUUCCAUUCUGUGGCGUCUCUCAGGUGUGUGGGCCGAGAUCCAGAGGCCUCAAGCCAGUCUCGAUGUGAUACAGGGUCAGACUGUGGUGCUGAAGGUCUGGUAUACCCCAAAACCCGGCACCGACUUGACAACCAACACCGUCGUCUGGAACCUUAUUAAUUCCAACAAGACAGAGUUGGUCAUCUCUUACAUUCAGGGUUACAUUAAUGUGGGAAGCUCCCAGUUUCAGGGCCGUGUCAACUUCACUGCCAGCAUGCCCUCAAAUAACAUUUCACUCUUCAUCAACAACACCCAGGAGUCCGACUCAGGGCGCUACUUCUGCCAGGUCAUCAUCCCUAAUAAUCAAGAUCUGUCUGCGGAGAUCAGUUUGGAUGUGAAGGUUCCUCCUGCUGUUCCUAAGUGCUCCAUGUCAGGAAAACCAGUGCUGAAGGCCAAUGUGACUCUGAGCUGCACCUCCAGUGAUGGAAAACCUGUUCCUACAUACAAGUGGAAGAAAUCCAGUCCUACCUCUGAGGUCUUCUUCUCACCCAUGCUCAAUGAGAAGACUGGAACUCUAAAGCUGAAUAACCUGAGCAGUAACAUGUCGGGGACAUACAGGUGCACCGCCAGCAACUCUGCCGGCUCACAGAGCUGUGAUAUCAAAGUGGAAAUCAUUGCCUCCACGAAUGUGGGAAUGAUCGUUGGCGCCACAGUGGGCUCAGUGGUUGGCUUCUUGGUCCUUCUCCUCAUCUGUGUCUUUUUCCUGCUGAGGAGGCGGCGAGACAGAGAGGACGACAUGGCCAACGAAAUCAAGGAGGAUGCUCAGGCUCCCAAGCGUGUUUCAUGGGCUAAAAGUGGCAUGGGUUCUGACAUCUCCAAAAACGGCACCUUGUCCUCUAUUGCCUCCAGCCCACACCACCGGGAGGCCUUAAACCACAACAACCACCAUCCCCACCUGCAGCAUUACCCCCAGCGCCCUUCCUCAGACACCGCCUCCAUCAUCACCGCCACUGGCAGCACCACUGGGUACCGACCGUCCCGCCAACACGGCGCCUCGACCCCGACUCACUACGGCUACAGCAGCAACCCCACUCUGCCCCGAGGACAGCCAGCUUCCUCCGAUACCAACACCAAUGAGAACUCUUUACCAAGAACAGAGCGCUACACCCAGCUGCCGCAGGCCCAGCCCGUCUCACAAACCUACAGCCAACCUCACCUCCAGCUUCAGGCCACACCCUCCCUGUCACAGCCACCCACCUCCUCCAUCACAGCUGCCAACAUCACCCGCAUGGGAGGAGUACCCAUUAUGGUGCCGGCGCAGAACCAGGCUGGAUCUCUGGUUUAACAGCUGUCUCUUGACCUUGUGCUCUCCAAAAUAUAUAUAUAUAUAUAUUUUUUUUUUUAGAAGAACACUGUUUUGCAACUCUACACAAAAACUUCACAUUCACUUCCUGAUGCUUGAUUUCACAUCAAGACACUUCUUUUCAGAUGCAGACUGUUUACUGAAGGUUCUUUUAUAUUCUAUAUACAUUACAAAUUGUGUGUGGCUAUGAUUUUCAUACAGUCGCCCAGUAUCUUUUCUACCAGUGCAUUUCUACUGUUUGGUUUUUAAAUUUGAUCUUCUAUCUUAAAUGUUUUAAAAAGGUUUUUUGUCCUACUAUUGUGCAAAAACCAUGAACAGAAAUGAUGAAAAAAGUCUAUCGUCAGCAAGCCUGCCUUACGUUAUGUAUACUUUUUUAUGACCACAAUGAGGCCUCGCUGAGACAUAAACAGAUUCAAGUAGAGUGUUUUAUUUUUAUGUAAAGAAGGAAUGUUGCUGAAUGUAAAAACAGUGACGGUAAUAUGUGAAGAUGUAAGUAUUGACUAUAAUACUGCAGUAGAACUAGACAGGAAGCUAAAACAUUGUAUAUUUGAUAAAAGUUUGGCAUUACAAAGCAUCCUAAUCCAUUUUUUUUUUUUUUUUUUUUUUUUGGCUUUACUUCUGUCAGCUUAUGAAACGCUCUGAGACGACACAGUUUGUACACACAUUAGUAAAAGCUUCUUUAAAUACUGAGCCCCAUUCAGAGCUGUAGGAGAGUAACUUCAUGAAUACAGGAGUUGUAGCAAUUUAAAAUUCCCUGCAUUUUUAAAUUUGUAAAUAUAUUUAUUUUCUGCUCAUCAUUUUGUUGGUCACAGCCUGUUUGUAACACAGUACAGGUAACGUUUACCUCUGACACCAGACACUGGACCAAAGAUGCGCAGUAUGAGUGAGUACUUUAUGAUUCAAGACUCUUUUUAAAGGUUUGCUUUUAGUACAGGUCAGUAGGGGCAAAAAAAAUUCCUUCAUUAUCAUCACAUGAUGUCAUUUUGUUUUACUGCUACAAAUUUGUUAAUAUUCUCUCUGAAACAAAAACAAGUUUGUUUUUUUUAUAAUCUUGAAGGUGCCUACUAAGGUUUUUUCCUGCAUUUUUGUGUGUGAGAACAAUACAAAAUUCCUGAUUGCUGUU